AUUCAAACAAUCAACAGCCGGGCAUAAUCUUUUGAGGUUAAUGUUUUAUUAUUAACUAUAAAUUUACCGGCGGAAAUUUGGAUAAAAUACAUCGAAUAAAAUGGAAGAAAAUGAUACUGAUCGUAAGACGUACAUGCUGUUCGGGAGGGACGUGUCCCAGAUCCCCUGCUUCCGGGACUCGUACCUGUACGGCAUAUCCGGAGGCCUGGGCGCGGGCCUGCUGUUCUUCCUGUUCACGAGCAGGAUCCGGAUGGCAACGCACGUCGGGUUUGGAUCAUUUGUUGGGAUCACACUGUCAUACUGGGCAUACUGUCGAUAUACACGGUCGGUGUCGGAUCAAAACUUGCAGCUCUUGAAGCAGGCAAUGGACAGAAAAUUAAUGUACGAAGGAACAGCGGUGGAAGAGCAGAUAGAAGGAAUAAAGAAAACCGAUCCGUGAUGAUAAACUCUCUUAUGAGUCAGCAGAUAGGCAAGUGGUAGAAGUGAAGAAGAUCCUGGAAGAUCCUCGGGAGGCUAGUGCCGUGUCGUAGACUCUGUGGACACGGCCCUGUGUCCCGACACGGAACUCUGUGCCGGCUGCAACGGCUGAACGAAGAUGACGUGCACUCAUCUCUGCGACUGAAACGCUGCAACGUCAGCUUCACUUGAACCUCGGACUGUUUGGUUUCUUUGAAUCAGCUGACUUUUGAAGAAACCAGCUCCUUUGAGUUGUGCGUGUCCAAAGUAAAUAAAAGCUGCAUAAACUAUGAGUGUGAUGUAGUCGUGUUGGUUGGAAGAAUAAUUAUCAAUUAUUAUCACUGCAGUGUGUCACAUUGCUUGCAGUGUGCAUUUUAAUGGGUGUUUGCUCUCUCUUUCCAAUUAGCACUGUACAUACUUGUUUCAGUGUGUUAUGUUGCCGGAUGUACUCAAAGAGCACAAAGGUUUUGGAUACAACUUUAAAGUGUAGUUGUAUUUUUUUAAAUAUACCCUUAAAAAAAAAUUAAUUUUGCUAUGGAAAAUUUGGAAAAAAUAAUUUGUAAACAUUUUCUUGUAUUUCAUAGAGUAUGAAUGAUGAUAUUGAAUUCUUACUUUUAAGGAAAUUUAACUGAAAGAUGCUAUUUUGGUGUCAACUGCUGUAUCAUCAAAUAUUUUUUUAUCAUUUAAUAUUAAAAAUUUUGGCUCUGUUUAACCAUGACACCUAAUUUUUGGGAUGCCUUGAUAUUAAUAGUGAACAACUGCAACAGUAAAAAAUUUAAUUAAUUUAGACUUAUUUAGAAAAUUUAAACAAUUGGGUACUAUGUAUAAAAAUGUAUUUAGUGUCUAGCAUACAAAAUCAAAUAAAGUAUAUAAAAAAAAACAUGUAAGUUUAAAAACCUAGAUACCAAACAAUUAAUUUUAAAAAUUAACUCUUUGAUACUAUACAGAUUUGGUUUAAUGCCUACAGAGAAACAUUGCAGGGAAAUGUAUAAGGAUUUUGUCUUUCUGCGUGAUAUAUGAUUUUAUUUUCAUAUUUAUUCAUACAUGUAGUAAUAAUAAGCUAAUUACUAACAGUAAAAUUAAAAUUUGAAACGAUUUGUGCAGUAAAAAGUAAUUAACACCGUGCAGUCAAUCAAAUAUAUAUUUUCCCACUUCUAAUGAUGAUGUGUAUGUUUAGACAUAAUUUUACAAAGAAUUUAGCAUGUCUGUAAGAAAAAUUUUUAAUAAAUUUUUGACACCCAAAA